AUGCCGGACCAACUCAAGGCUAGCGAGGUCAACUCCAAGACCGAUCCCUCGGUCGCGAAGCAGUAUGACGACGAGACGCCCAAGGACCAGCAGAUCAAACAAUUCUUUGAAAUGGUAGAUGGCAAGAAGAUUUGCAUGCUCAACACAUACCGCAAUGGUGUCGGCCCUGUUGGUCGCUCCAUGGCUCUCGCCCGCCGCGACGGUCCCGACUUCCUCUUCCUCUCCAACGCACACUCGCAAAAGUUCAACGACCUGGACCAAAAUAAGGAGGUCCAGAUCUCCUUCCAAGACCUUAAGACUCAGGAAUGGGCUUCUAUCACCGGCACUGCCACAACAACAGACAACAGUGAUCCUCGCAUCAAGGAGGUAUGGAGCCGCGGAGCUGCCGCAUGGUUUGGUGACCUCGGUGACGGAAAGCACACUGGCGGGCCUGAGGAUCCUCGCAUGACGUUGAUUGAGAUCAAGAGCAAGUACGUAUCGUACUAUGUGACGGAAGUCGGCCUUUUGGGUUAUGCAAAGGAGAUUAUUGCUGCGAACGUUACAGGUGGAGUCGCAAAUACAGGCAAGCUUAGGGAGCUCAAGGAGGCGGAUUUGGAAAAGGCACGGUCCAUAACAGUUCACAGACCAAAUCAAGUCACUAUCAUGGGCAAGGAUCAUCCUGACGCAGACCUUCACCCCGAAGCAACGGGACUUGCAUCAGCCACAGUCAAAGCUCACGCUGCAGAAUGUCCGUUGAAAUUAUAUUCAGGGUGGUUUUGCCCUUUCGUGCAGCGCGUCUGGAUUGCACUAGAGGAGAAGGGCAUACAGUACCAGUACAUUGAAGUCAAUCCAUACCAUAAGCCAAAGUCGCUACUGGAUCUCAACCCGCGCGGCUUAGUUCCCACGCUACAGUACCAAGACAAGCCACUCUAUGAGAGUACGGUUUUGUGUGAAUUCCUCGAGGAAGCUUACCCUCAACACACACCGCACCUCAUGCCUACAGAUGCGUAUGAGAGGGCUAGAACGAGGAUCUGGACGGACUAUGUAGGUAGUCGCAUCAUACCUGCCUACCACCGCUUCCUACAACAUCAAGGCGAUGGCUUGGAAGAGAAGCAAAAGGAUUUCCUUAAUCACCUGAAGGAGUUCACGCGCGAGAUGGAUGCCGAGGGCCCAUUCUUCUCGGGCAAGGACUUUCAGCUCAUCGAUAUAGUCAUUGCACCUUGGGCCAAUCGACUAUGGGUAUUUGAUCACUUCAAGGGUGGCUCAGGCAUUCCCGAUGAGGGCAAAGGUGGAGAGGACGAGGAGGUAUGGAAGAGGUUCAGGAAGUGGCUGUCUGCUGUUGAGAACAGGAGGAGUGUCAAGGAGACGCUGAGCGAGAGGCAGCAUUACUUGCCGAUCUACCAGCGAUAUGCGGAGGACCGCGCACAGUCUGAGGCGGCAAAGGCUAUCAGAGCUGGCCGGGGAAUUCCGAAAGUCGUUCGGCCGUUUCUUAGGUGUUGUUGCCCGGGAUCCCUCACAAUCUAUGCGCCGGCGCUCCCAAUAUUGCCAGCAAUCUCGACCUCACCACCCGCCAACAUGUACGGAUACACGGCGGGCACACCCUGCCCGGCGCCCUAUUCCUCCACCAGCAGCUACUACAGCGGCUAUGGAAGCCACUACGCGCCCGCCUACUACGACGAGAACAACACGACGGCAAACCUCGAAUACACGACGGAGCUGAAGCCCGCUCGCCACGCAAAGCCACGACGACCGAUGCGCAACAUGCACAAGCCCGCCUUCAACCCGUCACUUGACAUCUUCGAGGAUGUCGCUCAGGAGGAGGAACAGCAACAAGCAGAGUUUGGCGUCAAGAGGAGGAGCCGCGCAAGCGUUGUUCCCGCGGCUGCCAGGACCAAGAAGAGCACCAUACUUGCGCACCCAGCACAGAGGAUACCCAAGCCUGUCGCGCCUGUCCAGGAGCCACACCACGAGAAGCCGCACCGAAGACGCGUUUCGCAGGUGCCCACCGAUAAACAUGCCUCAGACACCAAUGCGACGGUGCAGUUGCAGGAAGAUGUCUUGGAGAGGAAAGAACUCAAGAAGCAGGCCCCUAAGAAGGACUUGCGACGGAGGACCAUUUACAUUCCGUCUGAUGACACGUCAGUCUUCACCAUCCACCCUGGACAGCCGACACAUGCGCCGCGCAACGUUCGAGAGACUUCGCCAGACAUCGGCCUAGAUCUGGUCACAUUAUCCGAGGAAGAAGGAAACAAUCUGAUGCCAGCGUUGAAGAGGGACAAAAAGGCACCGCGCAAGUCUCUCGCUGCACCACCGAAGCGAGGUCCCUUGAGCACAACAUCGCGAUCAUCGCAGAGCUCAUCCUUUUCGAGCGACAUAGUGGGCUCAGGGGGCGGGAAAGAGAACAUGCCACCAGGAAUCGAGGCUAUCGAGAAGAAGAAGAUCGGAACGCAUAUUGAGAUAAACUUCACCAAGGCAGACGCGAAGAAACCUGUCGCCAAAGCCCCCAAGGUCCACUUCAGUGCUCCCAAAGAGCCCGAACGCAUACUUCAUACUAAGAAACGGCCAGAGGGCUCGCAGAAGCGACCACGAUCACACGUGGCUCAAGACGACGUACCAGCAAAAGCGCUCAAGGCCAGAGCAGACGGCACUGCUUCCGCCGCAAGUAGCAGGGCAUCUCUGAGGACGACCAUCAAGACUGAACGAGCGAAACUGGCCAAGGCGAAGCGCGCGCCACUUUCCUCCUCGCCGUUCCACACCGACAAAUCUCCACCUACAGCACUGCGCCGCCAGAAGACUGGGAGCGUAGCAAGCAGCAUCACCAUGCUACACGAAGUAGGCCAGCGACCACAAUCACAAGAGAAGUAUCCAGUACUACAGGAGGAUCUGGCACAGCCGGAGUUGUACGAAGACAACUGGCUUACCUACCAGGAAGUCGCCAUUACACAACUUCUGAACUCAGUAUUUGAUUCCGCGAGCAGAGACCCGACCGACGAACAGAGCCCUGAGGACAUGCGCAAGAAGAUGCUUGCCAUAUACCACGAUCCCGCUAUACCGUCGCUUCACAAGCGACUACAGGCCUCACUACAAUUUGGUGCGCUGAGCAUACCGAAGGAUCUCCUGGCCCAGACGCUCAGGCUCAAGGACGAUGUUGGCUUGCGCAAGAAGUUCCUCAGCCUAUGGACCAAGUCAUACGAUCUGAAUGCAUUACGUGCUGCAGCUGAGACUAUUGUCGGCCGCCAAAUUACAACGCCCUGUCGACUAUCCACAGGUUCAACGUGCUCAGAUGAUGGCUCCCGCCAGUAUCGCGCAGAGCGCCGGGCUAUCGAGAGCUUUCUGUCUGCAUUCCUGAUCAAAAAUGAGGAUGCUGUUCGCGUCAAAUCCGGAGGUGGCAGCAUUGCUAGCCUUACACGCGGCGAUGAUGACUUCGGUUCUCAAGGCUGGUCAUGGCGCCGUACUGCUUUACGAAGUCUGAUGCUGAUUCUGAUCCUCGACCAAGCCAAGACGACGGAUGCUCUAUCAGGCUGCCUGUUCCAGACGACGUCACCCUACAAAACAUCUGUCGAGGUCCUACAUCAGUUAUCAAAGAUGCUGCUCCCUUCACACGGCGACAUCACUCGACCGCUAAACCACCUCAAUUACAAGGUCGAACAUGUCCAGUAUCCACUACAAGAGUACACCUACCAAAUCGACAAUAUCGCCAUUGACCUCCGUGAUGGAAUCGUACUUGCUCGUCUUGUAGAGUUACUGCUUUACCCGUCAACCACCCACACAACGCAUCAAGAGGAUACCGUCACUCUCAGUCUACCCAGCGGUGAGCUUCUUAAUAGCUCCCUCGAUUCUUCGCAGAAAGGAAUUUGGGUCCUCUCCCAGCACCUCAAGUACCCAGCCAUUGGCCGUCCCCAGAAGGUCUACAAUGUCCAGAUUGCCCUAGCUGCAUUGAGUCAUGUCGCAGGCAUGCCCAGCGCAGCAGUCAGUGGCAUCAAAGCCGAAGAUAUUGUCGACGGACACCGCGAGAAGACACUCUCGCUUCUUUGGUCACUUGUCGGCAAGUGUGGUCUUGGAAGCCUUGUUGACUGGCCGCAACUUGUCAAAGAGACAGAGCGUUUCCGAAACCAGUGGUACAGGGCCCGGGAUAGCUAUGAGGGACGAGUCCUUGAUUCCGACAAUGAAGAAGACGGGGCCACUGAGCUGGAUGGCAUGGCAUAUCAUAAGCGUCUCUUGCUUUCAUGGUCACGCUCCGUUGCUCGGCUUCAUGGCCUACGCGUUGCAAACCUGACCACAAGUUUUGCAGACCCAAAGGUUCUAGAAGCCAUCGUUGAUACCUACUUGCCGUCGAAUCUGACCAUCUCCACCGAAGGGAAUGAGCGACUCGGAUUAGCAACAAAACUCAAGGCUGUCGGCUGCUCAACUUCAUUCAUUGCGCUUUUCACGCCACAACACAGCACAGCUCGUUCAAUCCCAAGCAGAGACUUUACCCUCCUUACUCUAUCUUUCCUGGCAAGUCGACUGUUGCCGCUUGCACGCACACACCGCGCAGCUUCUACUAUUCAAUCCGCUUUCCGCCGUUUCCUAGUCCGCCGUCAGGUCAGCACUCGCAUACAAGCAAUGAAGAUAGCGCACAACUGCGCAGUAGUGGCGCAAGCUCGACAGAAGAUGGUCGAUGCUGCCAUUGUGAUUCAGAGACGUUGGAAGGCGAUCCAAGAUGCCCGCAACAAGCAACUUGAAAGUGACGUUUUGGCUUUCCAGGCCUUGGCCAGGGGUUGGGCAAUCAGGCGAUGGGUCCGACGUAUCACCGCUGGUCGAGUCGGUGGAAAGGAGAAAGUCAGGAGGGUCAGGGGUGGAUGGUAG